UCAUAUAAACAGAUAGAUAAAAAAAAAAGUUUGUUGAAAAAUAGAAGAAAAAAACAAAUUUCUGUCAUUGCUUAUCAAACGAUAUGUUUUUAUGAAUUUAAGACAAAGUAAGGCAAGUCACUUGAGUGAGGCAUCUGUUUGUAGCUGGAUAGUUCCUAAAUUCCGGUCAAGCGUCGACUGAGAACCAUGGGCGCUGCGAACUCUAGCGAAGCGGGAUCCAAGAGUGAAGGGCCUCCAGUCUCUUGUGAAGCGGGGUCCAAGAAUGAAGCACCCGUGGCCCCAGUCUCUAGUGAGACUAGGCCCAAGGGUGAAACGCCUCAGUACUCUUCAGAAAUCCAGCCACGAGAGGCUUCAAUCGAGGAUUCCGCGGAGACUUCCUGCAAUGACCCCAAGGAACCCCCGGACCAGAGUAACGUUGACGGGCUCAAAGCCGAUGAAAAGAACGAGUCGACAGUAUCAGACGCGCCCACAUGUAAAACAGCUUCUAGAGAGUGUCUGGACACCGGUGUGCAUUUGAAGAAGUCGCUCGGCCUGUGGAACGGCGUGGGCAUGAGCGUGGGCAUAAUGAUCGGAUCUGGCAUCUUCGUAUCACCCAAGACGGUGGUGCAGUACACAGGAAGUGUGGGCAUGGCACUGAUAGUGUGGGUGGCCACAGGACUCGUGUCCAUGGUGGGAGCUCUCUGCUACGCCGAGCUUGGCACGACCAUACCUCUCAAUGGAGGCACCUACGUGUUUAUCCUGGAGGCGUUCGGUCCACUGCCUGCGUUCCUCACUCUAUGGAGCAAAAUCCUCAUUUCGAGACCAGCCGGCCGUGCCAUAGUCGUCCUUACGUUCGCUAACUACCUCAUACAAGCAUUUCUCCCGGACUGUUCCUCUCCUCCCUACUACGCUGUCAGACUGCUGGCGGCCGCAUUGCUCUGUGAGUAUGAGGGAAGGAGCAGCCUGACCUACCUGACUGAGGAACUGAAGGACCCGUACAGGACUAUGCCGCGAGCCAUCGCUAUCUCAAUGGGAAUAGUGACAGUGAUAUACACACUCACCAAUGUUGCUUACUAUGCUGUCUUGACUCCUGCUGAGAUCCUCUCUUCCAGUGCUGUGGCUGUGACGUUCGGUAACAGGAUGCUGGGAGUGCUGGCCUGGAUCAUAGCCUUCUUCGUGGCCUGCUCCACCGCUGGCAACACCAACGGUAGCAUAAUCACGCAUUCCCGCAUGGUGCACGCAGGGGCGAGGAACGGCCACAUACCCCAGGUCCUAGCGUUAAUCCACAUUAAGCAUUCCACUCCUGUCAUCGCGGUGGUAUUUUCGGGGCUCAUCCCUCUAGCACUGCUGACCGCAGACAACGUUGGAGGCCUCCUCACCUACACCUCCUUCACCAAUAACCUGACUAACGUCGUCUCGGUCUUGGGUCUGCUGUGGCUCAGGUACAAGGAACCAGACCGACCCAGACCAAUCAAGGUGUGGCUGGGCUUCCCCAUCAUUUACCUGUGUGCUAGCGUGUUUCUGACAGUCAUGCCCGUGGUGCGCAGACCAGUGGAGAUUGCCGUCGGUCUGGGUGUCAUCGCUCUUGGAGUGAUCGCCUACUACCUGACUGUCUACCUGGACGCGAAGCCAAAAUUCCUCACACGCUUUAUGGGUGAGUUCUGAUUGUGUUGUUCACUCCACAUGUAGGAUACUCCAGUUCCCCACAAAAUGUAGUUUACUCCAGUACUCCACAACAUGUAGGAUACUCCAGUUCCCCACAAAGUGUAGUUUACUCCAGUACUCCACAACAUGUAGGAUACUCCAGUUCCUCACAAAGUGUAGUUUACUCAGUACUCCACAACAUGUAGGAUACUCCAGUUCCUCACAAAGUGUAGUUUACUCCAGUACU